AUGGAGGCUUCUCGUGGCCCUCCUCGGGUCAAGAAUAAGGCCCCGGCGCCGAUCCAGAUUUCCGCAGAGCAAUUGCUGCGCGAGGCUGUGGACAGACAGGAGCCCGGCCUGCAAGCACCGACACAGCGCUUUGCAGAUUUAGAAGAGCUACAUGAAUUCCAGGGUCGCAAGCGCAAGGAAUUCGAGGACUAUGUGCGGCGCAACCGUAUUAACAUGAACAACUGGAUGCGCUAUGCAGCAUGGGAACUGGAGCAGAAGGAAUUCCGCCGAGCCCGGUCGAUCUUUGAGCGCGCGCUGGACGUCGACUCGACUUCGGUCGCUUUAUGGAUUCGGUAUAUCGAAGCUGAGAUGAAGACUCGAAAUAUCAACCACGCCCGAAACCUCCUCGAUCGUGCGGUGACCAUUUUGCCUCGCAUUGACAAGCUCUGGUACAAGUAUGUCUACAUGGAAGAGACUCUGGGUAACAUCCCGGGUACUCGCCAGGUAUUUGAACGUUGGAUGUCAUGGGAGCCUGAAGAGGGUGCUUGGGGCGCAUAUAUCAAGUUGGAGAAGCGGUACAACGAGUUCGACCGAGCGCGUGCUAUCUUCCAGCGAUUCACCAUCGUCCACCCUGAGCCUCGGAACUGGAUUAAAUGGGCUCGGUUCGAGGAGGAAUACGGAACGAGUGACCUUGUUCGUGAGGUCUAUGGCCUGGCCAUCGAGACACUGGGAGAGGACUUUAUGGACGAGAAGCUCUUCAUCGCCUACGCCAAGUUCGAGGCUAAGUUGAAGGAAUACGAGCGCGCUCGGGCUAUCUACAAGUAUGCCUUAGAUCGUCUGCCACACUCAAAAUCGAUGGUCUUGCACAAGGCCUACACCACAUUCGAGAAGCAGUUCGGUGACCGGGAAGGCGUCGAGGAUGUGAUUCUGUCCAAGCGCCGGGUACAAUACGAAGAAGAGCUCAAGCAAAACUCGCGUAAUUACGACAUCUGGUUCGACUUUGCAAGGCUCGAAGAAACGGCUGGCGACCCAGAGAAGGUGCGAGAUGUCUACGAGCGAGCCAUCGCGCAAAUUCCCCCGUCUCAAGAAAAGAGGCAUUGGCGCCGGUAUAUCUACCUUUGGAUCUUCUACGCCGUGUGGGAAGAGAUGGAGGCCAAGGAUGCGGAUCGCGCGCGACAGAUCUACCAAGAAUGCAUCAAGUUGAUCCCUCAUAAGAAGUUCACAUUCGCCAAGGUCUGGCUCAUGAAGGCCCAGUUUGAAAUUCGCCAAAUGGAGCUGCAGGCUGCACGAAAGACCCUGGGCAUGGCCAUUGGCAUGUGUCCGAAAGACAAACUCUUCCGCGGCUACAUCGAACUUGAGCGCCAAUUGUUCGAGUUCGUGCGCUGUCGCACUCUGUACGAGAAGCAGCUUGAGUGGAAUUCCUCGAACAGCCAGUCUUGGAUUCGAUAUGCCGAGCUGGAGCGUGGCCUGGAUGAUCCAGACCGCGCUCGCGCGCUCUACGAGCUGGGUAUCGACCAGCCGACCCUCGACAUGCCCGAGCUGGUGUGGAAGUCCUAUAUCGACUUCGAGGAGUACGAGGGCGAGUACGACAGAGUGCGCGCUCUAUACGAGCGUCUCCUCCAGAAGACCGAUCACGUCAAGGUAUGGAUCAACUACGCACGUUUCGAGAUCAACGUACCGGAGGAGGAAGAGGAGGAAGACGAAGACGAGGAGAAGCCUGUCAGCGAAGACGCGAAGAAACGAGCGCGGGCGGUAUUCGAGCGGGCGCACAAGGUCUUCAAGGACAAGGAGCUCAAGGAAGAGCGAGUGGAAUUGCUCAACGCCUGGCGCUCCUUCGAGCACACACACGGUUCUCCCGAAGAGAUCGACAAUAUCGAAAAGCAGAUGCCCCGGCGGGUCAAGAAGCGUCGCAAGCUGGAAGACGACCGGUACGAGGAGUACAUGGACUACGUCUUCCCGGCCGACGACAAAUCCGCCGCGAACCUGUCGAAGCUGCUCCAGCGGGCGCACCAGUGGAAGCAGGGCCAGGCAUAA